AUGGUUGAUGCAAAUUUUAGAGAAGAAUUGUCUAGAAGGCGUGAAAAAGUAGAAGAUAUUUAUAACUAUGAAGGGAAUAAGGUGGGCAGAGGAACCUAUGGACAUGUUUACAAAGCAAUGUUAAAAAAUGCGCCCAUUGGGUCUGAAAAUAAAGCUUUUGCUUUAAAACUUAUUGAAGGACAAGGGUUUUCAAUGUCUGCGUGUCGUGAAGUUUCUCUUUUGCGGGAAUUGAAGUUUGUUUCUGAUUUUUUUUUAAUUUUUCAAAAAAAUUUUUUUUCAAGUCAUCAAAAUAUAAUUAAAUUAUUGCGUGUUUUCCUAACUGCUGAAAAACGUGUUUGGUUGCUUUUUGAUUAUGCUGAACAUGAUUUGUGGCAUAUUAUAAAAUAUCAUAGAGCGGCAAAACAAAAGAAUCGUCCAGUUAUGGUACCCAAAGGAAUGGUGAAAAGUUUACUUUAUCAAAUAUUGGAAGGAAUUAAUUAUUUACAUGACAAUUGGAUUAUGCAUAGGGAUUUGAAGCCAGCCAAUAUACUCGUUAUGGGUGAAGGAACAGGAAUUGAACGUGGAAGAGUUAAAAUUGCAGAUAUGGGGUUUGCUAGAGUUUUUCAUAUGCCUUUAAAGCCUUUAUCUGAUUUAGAUCCAGUUGUUGUUACUUUUUGGUAUCGUGCACCUGAACUUUUGUUGUGCUCAAAACAUUAUACAAAGGGAAUUGAUAUAUGGGCAAUUGGAUGUAUUUUUGCUGAGCUGUUAACGUCUGAACCUAUUUUUGUUUGUCCUGAGGAAGAUAUAAAAUCUCAAACUCCUUACCAUCCCGCGCAAUUAGACAAAAUAUUUUCUGUGAUGGGAUAUCCACAUCUUGAUGAAUGGCCUGAUAUAAAGAAAAUGCCAGGAUAUUCCAAACUUUAUGACGAUUUUGAAAAACCACGAAGAGAAGGAAAAUAUAAAGGUUCAUCAUUAAAAAAACAUAUGGAAAAAUAUAGAAAUACAAGUGGAUUAACUGAAACACCAAUUUGGGAACAAGCAUUUUCUCUUUUGGAUAGAAUGUUAACUAUGGAUCCACAAAAGAGAAUAACUGCAGCUGAGGCUAAGGAACAUAGAUAUUUUAAGCUUGAACCAACACCUGCAAGUGAUGUUUUUGCUGGAUGUCUUAUACCCUAUCCAAGAAGGGAAUUUCUUAAAGACGAACCAGAAGAUAGAAAUAGUGGUUCUAAACAACAGGCCCCAACUUUACCAGUAGUAGCUGUUCCCCCAACAGUUCCAGCACAUACACAUAAUCCUCCAACAAUGGAACCACCUGCUGCAAAGAAACUUAGACAACAACAACACCAAGUUAUUCAUUCUGGUGGAGGAACAAAUACUUCAAGUUUAACACAACAACAUCAGCAACAGAUAAAGCAACAAAACCAGCAACAACAACCUAUAAUGACAGGAAAUGGAAUGGUAAUAUUGGGUGGUGGAGGAACUGGUGGGGGAGUAGUUAUUCCCCAACAACCUCAACAACAACAAAUGGUUGUUGAUCAUCAAUCACAAAUAAAUAUGGCGCACGGAAUGCAAAUGAAAACUGAAUUUGGCACAAAUAUGGGAAAUAUGGAUGGAGGAGGAAAUAUUGUACAACAACAAGUUGGAGGUGUACAACAAGGUGGGGGAGUACAGCAACAAAAUAUGAGUGGUGGACAUUUUGAUGGUUCCCAUAAUAUAAUGACUGGAGGAGGAGGACCACAACAAGGACAACAACAAAUAGUUAGUGGUGGGUAUCCAAUGCAGCAACCCCAAAUGUUUCACUCUAAUGUUCCUCAACAACCAACACAGCAGCAACAAGCUCAUUUAUCUCAACAACAACAAAUACAAAUAAACAAUCAAAUGGUUGGACAACAUCACGGAAUGAUUCCUCAACAACAAAUGAGAAAUGUUCAGAAUAAUAACGGACAACAACAAAUAAUACAACAUCCAAACCAACAACAACAACAAUAUAUACAACAAAACAUGCAACAACAAAUACCUAACAAUAAUAACCAACAAACAAUGUUGUCUUCAUCUCAACAACAACAACAACAAACUUCACAACAACAAAAUUUUAUUCAACAACAAAUAAAUAUGCAACAAAUUCAAAGAAAUCAAAUGUUUUCACAACAAUUACAACAUCAGCAACAACAUUUAGCUCAACAACACCACCAACAACAACAAAUAAUGCAACAACAACAUAUUCAACAACAACAAAAUAUGCAGUUUCCUCCACAACAACAACAAAUGGGAGUAAUAAAUCCACAACAACAACAACAACAAUUUAUGAUGUCUCAACAACAACAAAGAAUGGGACAACAACCUCAACAACAUCCUCACAAUCAACAUAGACCUUAUUAA